AUGUCAACGGUUCUGCCGGAGAUCUCGGGCUCCAGAUCACCAGAGGGCAAGAGCAAGAAGAAUGCAUUGAGUUCCAAGUUCCAGCCGACCUCGCAGGCGCGCCAUGGUUACCUUGGCCACUUAUGCCUUCAAAAUUCCCAGGAGGAUCCUGCACAAGCCUUGCGGAACAUCACAGCGCUCGAUGCUCCAAGUUUCCUACCCAACGUCAUGACGCUGCAGAGGGCCUCCACGCCGUGGCAGUACAACACGCCGUGCCGGCAGCUGGAGGGGCCGUUGCCCACCGAGUCCUCACAGAUGGGUGAUGAGUCGCCCAGCAGAGGUAGCCAGAUGUUGAACUCGACCAGUCGGCAGAGCAUCUCCGCCUCCGCCUCUGCGCCCAUGCCUGCGAACUACGUCCGGCGGAUCCGACGCAAGGCACAGCUCUCCAGGAAUGCGCACGACUACAGGCAGCAGAUCGCGGAUCUCAAGAUGCUCGCGGACUCUGCCAGUCGUUCAGGCAACGUCUAUCAGGCUUUGCAGGCCUACCACAAGAUGGGUGUGGUCUUUGACAACCAGGGCAUGUAUGAUGAGGCCAUUAUGAAGUACAAACAGUUCUUGGCGCUGUGCAUUACCUCCAAGAACACUCAGGGCGAGGCAUUAGCGUACAACUGCCUGGGCAUUGACUGCUUCAAGAUGGGGCAGUAUGACGAGGCGAUCCAGUAUCACAACAAGCACCUGGAAUUGGCUGAUAGCACUGGCCGCUUGAUCGCCCAUACCAACCUGGGCAUCGUGUUCCAGGCCAUGGGGCUCUCGGAACAUGCGGCCAUCCAUCAUCAGCAUGCCAUCGAGUAUGCCAAUCGCAUGGGCUCAAAGGCGAAGGGGAAGUUGGGAUGGCCAUCGACGGGACGGCCGCCAUUGGAAGAGAGAACGGUUGUUGUUGUUUGGUAG